ACUUUCAUAGGGGUUGCAUGUAUGGAAGCGAGCUAAUUGAACUAACAUUUGCUAUUACAUUUUCUACUUUGUUUACAGUAUCUACAUGAAUACCAAGUGGUAUGAAAUUACAAAACUGUACACGUGUUACUAUGGUGUCUUUUACAUGGUGUAGAAAAUUGCAGCUGCCUCUGUUAUUUUAAUAAGAAGAAGAGAAAAAAUGUUGAGCUAAAAAACAACAAGAGAAGGAUGUGGGUUAGGAGCUGGAUUUCAAGAAGACAUGAUAGUGGUUUUUUUGCACAAUUGGUGAAAGAAUUACACAGCGAAGACAUGAAUUCAUACGCUAACUUUUUACGCAUGAGUAAUAAGGACUAUGAAUACUUGCUUCAAAAAGUUGAACCAUUGAUUAGAAAACAAGAUACUCAUCUUAGGCUAGCUAUUUCACCUUCAGAACGGCUCAUGCUUACUUUACGGUUUAGCAACAGACUACAAAUGUUAGAAACCCAUCGAAACCAGCCAAGAAGUACGAGAACAAUUUAAAAAUUAUUUUGUAUCCAAACAUGGUGAAGUCGCCUGGCAAGUAUAAAUAUAUAUAAACAUAAUACCAUUUAUCUGCUUAAUGUAAUAUAUGUUUCUAAUGCUGAAAAAAUGUUUACUC